CAGAACACAUGGCAGGAUAAAUACAGUGCCAAUUCCAUUCAUAAUACCCCAGAACACGGCAGGAUAAUUGUAGCUCCAAUUCCAUAUACAAUGCCCCCAGAACACUUCAAGAUAAAUACAGUGCCAAUUCCAUAUAUAAUGCCCCAGAACACAAAUCUAGCGCCAAUUCCAUAUAUAAUACCCCAGAACACAUGGCAGGAUAAAUACAGUGCUUAAUCAAUAUAAAAUAACCAUCCUGGGUGUUGUAGGAAAUUAAUCGAUGUUGCUUAGUCACCCCCAAAUCUGUCUGACAAUCUGCCUAUGAUGAUUCAUUUUGGUUGUGAGAUUGUUGGCAGACCUGGAACUGCAUGGGGCUCACACAGUAAUGAUCCAGUUAAUUUGCCCAUCCAUAUAAACUGGCAUUGUCAGCUAUGCAGUUGAAUUCUCAAGCCAUGCCCACUCCUUAAAGGUAAGUCUAUGGGGCUGAAUGGGAGGGGGGGUGCAUUCGAGCAACACUACCCCUUAACUCAACUCAGACUUUCAUAACCUUUGUAUAGUUUAGAAGGGAGGGCAUUAUGUCUAGGGAUGGACAACUGGAGAAGGACCAGCUGUUUCCUAAGGGAUUCAUUGAGUAAACCAGUUGGGUAGCUUUAAAUUCGGCUACUACAAACUAUGUUGAUGUAAUGGGCAUCACGUUGGCAAACCAUUAUUCUUCAAUGUGCUCUAGUUCAAGCAUGAACUGGCCAAUCCAGUUGGGCUUAUGCUCUCCUAUAUAUGUGUAUUGUUUCUACCAGCUCAACAAAGCAAUUGAAUGGAGGCAACAGAGCCUAAGCGCUAAGAAGUCCAUUUUCCUGGUCUUGCCAGACAAAAGGUAUCCUCUUCCAAUGGGUGCACAGCUGAGGUAGGUGUCAUUGGUCAUACUGUCCAAUCUGCUGUGCCCAUGUGUCAUGGCAGCUGCCAAGCAAUAGCUGCCCUUUGUCCCCAACUAGAACUCCAUUAAUGUCCAGGACUCUCUGCUUAAAGACACCCUCUCCUUCUGCUGAGGUUAUAUUUAAUGAGCAUUGAGCACACUGAGCAUGUGCAGUGCCACUGACCCCAAUCCAUACAUUUAUACCCAGCCCAAACUCUAUACACAAAACAUCUUAAAGGUUCUCAUCUCUGCAUAAAUCUGCUCAUAUAUGACCCCUACAAUUCAGUCUGUAGCUUACUGGUCACUGGAUGAGACCUUUGGGGAUGUCCUGCCAAAUACUGAACAUCAUGUUUGCAAAUCCCAUCAGACCAGGGCAGCAUUGUCGGGUUAAAGUGGUCCUCCCCCAAUGGAUCUCUGUAGGCUUCCCAUUAUGAUCUGAUUUCUGGCUAAGAAGCUGAAUGUUUGGAUCAUCCUGAUCUGCCAAACAAAAUUGGUGGCCAUAUCAGGUAAAGAUGCCCUCGUUUGCAAAAAGAACUUACCAUGUAUCACCAGCUUGAGUUUUUCAGCCAACACAACCCAUUGAAUGCUACUCUGGGAAACGGGCACAUCAAGGCAAUUGUUCACAAACUGUGGGGCUUGUCCUCUUUAGGGAGGAAUAUAGCAGUUGCUGUGGGGGGGGUCCCUACCUAAAGGUCAGUUCUACUCUUGAUACAAUGGUUGAUACACCAAUGUUCUCCUGUAGCUCUUACCUCCUUGUAGGCUAAGGAGGCCUUAGGCAGUUGUUGGACCUCAAAGUGGGUUUGAGCUGAAGAAUCCAGGAAAACACUGGACUAGUGUAAUGAUGGCAUUAGGAAAAGAACCUCAUCCAAUUGGGUUAGUGGUAGCAAUGUCACAGCCUUGCACUUCUGUAGGAAGGUUGACUACACAACGUACAAUAUGUAUUUGGGACUGAAGGCUUCCUUCAGACUGGGCACCAGCAACCUCCUAACCAACAACAAACCGGCAUCUUAAAUUACUGCUAAUGGGCCAACAUGGCAGUGUCACUGACACUCUAAAGACAGCCCAAUAUGAUGGGGAGGUAUAAACCAUGGCUGUUACAUGGCUCCUGAACCUCUGGGCUGGUACAGUUCAGCAUCUCUCCAUAUUUUCAUAUUUAGGGUUUGGCCUUGAAAGGGCAACUAUUCUAUUGUUUUAUCAUGUUUCCCUUUGUAUUUGAAAAAUAAACACAAUAUUCAUUACCCUCUCGGUUUCUUUACUUGCUGGUUUAAGCAAGCUUAACCUUCCAAAAAUAAAUUCCAGUAGUGAUCAUUAGUUCCUUGGUAUCCCGUAAAGAAGAGAGACAGUUGGUGCUGCUACAGGGGGGUUAUCUAAGCCCCGGAAAUUCUUCCAUCCUCUCCAGCUGAUGGUUUGUCUGCCUUGGGUAUUUAUAUGUGUCUCCUCUUUCCUUGGGAGGGGUCCAUGUGUGUCUCUGAGAGGGGGACAAAAUGACGUGCGGGAUGGGGGGAUUUUUAAAUUUGGAUCUUGCAGCAUGUUUCUGUUAAUGGGAAGAGGGGUGGGCUCUCUCUGACCUUGAGUCACUGGGACUGGCAUUCCUUUGAAGAGAUGAGCCUGAGAUUGGCAGGGGCAGCUGUUGCCCAUGGGUGGGGGCAGGGACACCUCUCCCAAACCAGUAGUGUGAAUUUCUGACUUUCAAGCUGGCUUCCCCAAUGUUUUCUCUUCCCUAUUCAAUUACCGCUCUGGCUCCUGAGCUGCCCAUCUCCCAAACAGGACCACCUGUUAUUAUGCUUCUCACGCCAAGCCUCCAGUGAAACCCUCCAUUCUUUGGACGCUGAGCUUCCUAAUGUUUUGUAAGCCACACGGGCUCUCCGGUGCCUCCGCAUACCCAGGAUUAUAUGAGACUUUCUGGUGCUGCGAUGGGUCAGGACCAAACCAAGCAGCAGAUCCAAAAGGGCCUUCAGAUGUAUCAGUCCAACCAGACAGAGAAGGCUUUGGAGAUCUGGAUUAAAGUCUUGGAGAAGACCACUGAUGCGGCCGGCCGGUUCCGGGUCCUUGGCUGCCUGAUCACGGCCCACUCGGAGAUGGGAAGGUACAAGGAUAUGUUAAAGUUUGCAGUGAUCCAGAUCGACACGGCUCGGGAGCUGGAGGAGCCGGACUUUCUGACGGAGAGUUACCUGAACCUGGCCCGUAGCAACGAGAAGCUCUGCGAGUUCCAGAAGACCAUUUCUUACUGCAAGACUUGUCUCAAUAUGCAGGGCACCUCGGUCAGUCUCCAGCUAAACGGGCAAGUGUGUCUGAGUCUGGGCAAUGCCUACCUGGGCCUCAGCGUCUUCCAGAAAGCCCUGGAAUGUUUCGAGAAGGCCCUGCGUUACGCUCACAACAACGACGACAAGAUGCUGGAGUGCAGGGUGUGCUGCAGCCUGGGGGGUCUCUACACUCAGCUUAUGGAUUUGGAGAAGGCACUCUUUUUCCCAUGCAAGGCAACAGAGCUGGUGAACGAUUACGGGAAGGGGUGGAGCCUGAAAUACAGAGCGAUGAGUCAGUACCACAUGGCGGUUGCCUACCGCAAACUGAGUCGUUUAGCCGACGCAAUGGAGUGCUGUGAGGAGUCAAUGAAGAUCGCUCUUCAACAUGGAGACCGGCCACUUCAAGCCCUUUGUCUGCUCAACUUUGCCGACAUCCACAGAAGUCACGGUGACAUUGAGAAAGCUAUUCCACGGUAUGACUCUUCCAUGAGUAUCAUGACCGAGAUCGGUAAUCGCCUGGGUCAGACCCAUGUGCUGAUGGGAGUGGCGAAAUGUUGGCUCCACCAGAAAGAGAUGGACAAGGCUCUGGAUGGUCUCCAAAAGACCCAAGAGCUGGCGGAAGAUAUUGGAUAUAAGCUCUGCCUGCUGAAGGUUCACUGCCUGAGUGAGAUUAUAUACCGGACGAAGCAGCAGCAACAUGAGCUCCGCGCCCAUGUGGUGCGAUUUCAUGAAUGUGUGGAGGAGAUGGAGUUAUACUGCGGGAUGUGUGGGGAGUCCAUUGGGGAGAAAAACUGCCAACUUCAAGCACUUCCAUGCUCCCAUGUAUUUCAUCUACGGUGCCUUCAGACCAAUGGAACUCGAGCCUGCCCAAAUUGCCGCCGUUCCUCAGUGAAACCGGGCUUUGUGUGAGGACGCCGGACGCCGGAGAUGUUUUUAUACUGAAGCAAAUUCCAGGACCACGUGAUGACCUGCGUAUCUGCCCAGUGAUUCCAGUGCCAGCUUCAUUCUGUAGGCAUCAGAUUGGUCCAAUGACUAAGACUCUUGGUGGGAGAGUCAGAAGCUCUGCUCAUGGCCAUAGAAAUGUUUCUGACGUUGGGAUGACCACACGUAAGAGCCUUGAAUGCUCAUCAAGCUCGUGUUGACAGGACUGGGGUUUCAGAUGUUAUUUUUCUAAUGAUAUUUUAUACCAUGGUGCAGGCCAACGACAAAGGCAAUUGGAGAGGAGGAAUUUCUGUCUAGUGCAUAUAUUUAACAGAUAUUUGUUAAGUGUUUCAUUAUUCCAUAUAUCCAUUCAGUCGGAGAUUUCAACCCUGCCAAGAACCUUCUCCAUGCUUGGACUUUCCCAUGAACCUACCUCCCUUUGUCUAAAAGGCAUGACCUGUUUCCCGGACCUUAUUUAUAAUGCCCAUGUAUAAUGAGUGUUCUAACUUCUAGCAAUCUUCAUUUUUAUUGUGUCUGUUGAGUUAAAGGAACAUAACUCUUUUUUUUCAAGAUUUGUGUCGUUUUAAGGGUUUUCCAACUCCAUUCUAUACUUUGAAAGACAUUUACUAAAUGGUGGUCUUUGCUUUUGGGGGAGGGGUGUUGCUCGGGGUAUUGUUGACUCAAGGGGACACCUGGAAGAGGUCUUAAAGUGAAUUUCACCAACCCAUCACAAAAGAGCUUGACGUAGUAUUUUCUUUUUGAUUUUUCCUCCCAGUCUUUGGAAUGCAGGUUUUUUUUAACCUUGCUUAGGCAGCCAUUGUCCAUAUCACUGCCCAUGGACCUCCUAUUGUUUUAGAAGAUGAUUUGGUCUGUGUGUGAUCCGACUUUAUUACUAAAUGGGGCUGCGAUGGAACCCUCCCUAGCUCUUUUUAGACCAGUGAUCCCCAACCAGUAGCUCGCGAGCAACAUGUUGCUCCCCAACCCCUUGGAUGU